AUGGAAAAUAUUCAACAAUAUGAUUAUGACUAUCUUAUUAAAGUCAGUAUUAUUGGAGACAGAGGAACUGGAAAGACAUGUCUUUCUGAGAGAAUUGUUAAUGAUCAGUUUAUGUCAACAUAUCUUCCACCCACUGGACUUGACUUUAAAACUAAAUUUUAUUCUUUUGAAACUAAAAAGAUAAGAACUUGCUUCUGGGAAAUUUGCUAUUCUAAUCGGUAUUGUCCUACUGGGAUUGAAGUAAAAGGAUCAAGUAUAAUAUUAUUUAUCUUUGACUUGACUAAUUCAGAGUCUUUUGAGUCAUUAAAAUAUUACUAUAAUAGAUUCUGUCAACAAUUUCCUCUUCUUCCUCCUAUCUUUUGUGUUGGAACAAAAUCAGAUCUUCCUCCUACUGUCAGUGAACGUCAAAUUCUUAAACAACUUAAAAAAAUGAAUUAUCCACCAUUAUAUUAUUGUUCUUCUCAAACUGGCUCUGCUUGUAAGGAUAUUGAAUCUGACAUUAUUAAAGUCCUAUCAAAUAUAAUUAAACUACAAUAUCAACUUUCAUAUCGUGAUGACUUACCUCCAUCUCCAUCUCAGCACCAACCAAAUCCUCAUUCCUGUUCAUCGAAAAAAUGCUGUUUAUCUUAG